AUGCCCGUGUUGCUACCGCAGGCUGCGCGCCACCAGGAAACGCGUAUUGGGGCCCCAGAAUGGCGCGAGGCGGCCCAGGCCACGUCUCGAAAAGCACGUCUUUUGAUCGACCGCUGCGGGCAGGAGGCAGUGACCAUGUGGCAACCCAAAGCCAGCAUACGGGACCCGCACAUGGCGCACCAUCUGUGCCGCGCCGCCUACAUGGAGCCUUGGCGCUUCCGCGUGGAGAUGCUCAAAGGCGGCAGCACAGUGGAGAAGCCACCGCCGGGCGAGGGCGUGACUCUGUGGAAAGGGAAGAUGAAGCCACCAGCCUGGUAUGCUCGCCUGCCUCUGCCCCUGCAUCGCGAUGCGCGCGCCCUGCAGACGGCCGAAUUGGUGCUCGCGCACGCGCGCGGAGCGCGCCUCACUGCCGCCCGCCUAGGCCGCGCGCAGAACCAAAUCAAUGCGCAGCUGCGGCUGCUGCAGCGCCAAAGGGAGGUUCUGGACCUCAGGCUGAGCGAGGUGCGCAAAGGCUUGCUUGUCAACCAGCAGAGCGUCAAGCUGCGGGGCUACCGGCCCAAGUGCGAGAAGGUCCCUGACAAGGCUGACAGUGCACUUACAUGGGAGAAAGAUGAACUGAGAUCCAUGAAGAGGAAAAUGGAAAAAGAUAUGGAAAAAUCGGAGACCCUGCUGAAGGCUCUGGCCUCCUGCCGCGACACGCUGGGCUUCUACUGUCAAGAAAGGCUCCAAGCAGUGGAACUCCUGAACCAGCCGCUGGACAAGGUUCUGGAGCAGGCCGGCCGCCACUCGUGGGUGAACAUCUCCCGCGCCCCGACUCCACGCACUCAGGGCCAGAAAACGCCUCCUCCUAACCCAGUGGGCCCCUAUACCCCAGACUGCGCCCAGGCGCUGUACGAAGCCAAGCGGUUGUUGAUGGAGUCCAAAGACACCCUGGCAGAAAUGGCCAAGAACGAGAUGAACUUCCGUGAGCAGCAACAGCAGAUAAACCACCGAGUGUGCGCCUCGCUGACGCAGAAGAUGAGCGAGACUUUGGAGCUGAAGGAAAGAACGAACAUGACGUUGGGAUUAAUGAGGGGAACUAUCCACCGGUGCACGAAAUUCAACAAAGAGAUGUACGUCACACGAGGCCUGAUUAAGGGUCCCCUGCUGAAAACCCACCUGGAGGCUCGAGAGAAAUUAGAUAGACCUCUGGUUCGCAUGUACCAGAAACACGUGGGCACCCAGCUUCCAGAGGCCACACGCCUCGCCCAGGACACUGACCAGCUGCAGCGCCACAACGAGCACAUGGAAAAGAACUUGAAGGAGCUGCUCGCCAUGCACGAUGAACUCUCCUGGAACCUUAACUGCAAGAAGAUCGGGUGCGAAGUGGACCACGACGUGGUGCGCCUGCGCCGCCGCCAGCAGCACCCGCACGUGUUUUACGAACACGCGCAGCUCCUGGUCGGCGGCUGGGACCCGCGCACGCCGCCGCCCGCCGCGACCGGCUCAGCAGCCCCGAAGUGA